GCACUUUGUACCCUGCGCUGGAAUAUAUUGACUCUUGUUGGGCCGGUCAGGAAAGCAGAUGUGAGCUGCUGUUAGAACAAACGCUCCCUUAGCGGACACAGAAGAGAUGCAGCUUGCGAUACCAGCAAACCACUCCUUUAUUUCAGUGGCUUAUUAUUCUGGCUGUGCGUGGAGAUCAGCUGUUCCCAGCCCUGCUACAUCUCGCAUAAACCCUCUUCCUGGGAACAAACAGCAUUUUUUUUUUUUUGCAGUUGUAUAUAAACACGGACUUACGUUUUGUCUUUAUAAAAAACAUGCAAAGCCAGAUGCAUCUGUAGCCGAACUAGUUAGAUUAAAGCUCUUUCAUGCUGCUGCUGGAAUUCUGCGAACUGUAGCUAAUUUGAACAUUACUGUGCAUGUGGUGUUUGGGUUCUUUUUUCUUUUUUUUUUUUUUUUCCCCAGCAACUGUCUUUUCAAAGUGCCUGCCUGUCCUGAAAUGAUGUCUCUCUGUGUUUGUCAAAUGAGCAGACACAGCUGGUGGACUUCUCCCCCUGGGUUAAAUAUUCUGAUGGAGAGAUCCUGAAGCUCUUGGCUCCUGUCUUCACAUAUUAAGGCAGCCUGGAAAAGUUCUUUGCCUUUCCAAGGCACAAAUCUGGAGUGUCCCUGGGCCUUCCUUCUCCUACAAGUUCUUCAAGGUAUCCCAAGAGGUCUCCUUACACGGCAAGUGAGAUAGUGCCAGGAAAGGAUGCCAUCAGGAGAAAGGUGCUGACGUGAUGCAGACUGUUCAUCGUGGGAAGGUAAGGCUGUUUGCAUUGAUCUAAGAAUGGCGAGUGAAAGGUCAUCAAGGGAUCUCUUGGGUUUACUUUGUUGUUUGGUUUUUAACUGGGUGAAUUAAAUGCUUAUGAAGAUGAAAGAGUAUGUGUUUCAAUAACCGUUAUUAGCAUCAGAUGUGUAGGACUAUGAGGACAAGGAUUAUCAAGGCUCUCUGGCAGAGCUCUACCAGGGCCCUGGUCUGUGGCACACCGUCUCCGCUCCCUGUUUUAUCACAAUCCAUCACGUUUCUGCUACCAGCCAGAGGCCCCGGCUGACCUGAGGUCCGCGCUCGCCAGGCGCUGUGCACACAGCGUGGGGAGCCCAACCGCAGCCACGAAACCACAGGUGAAACAGGCAGACAAAAGCAGGAAGCAAAAUGAAAAGGAGAUAAAGGGCUCAGGAUCGAACAGCGAGGUAAAAUAAAACCCAAACCAACCAAACAAAAAAAAAAGUACACACAAAAAAAAUCUAAACCAGCCAAGCAAAAACCUACCUGGGACCAAAGCCAGUGUCCUGAGCCAAGGUCCUGCGCAGCCCCCAACCCACAAAGCAGGAGCUCCCCAGUGGUUUGAAACCCCAGCCUGCAGUUGCGUUUCAGUGGGUUUUGUAAACCAGUUUACCACCAGUUUUAAAACGGAAACCGCAGUGUAAUACGAUUGCAAGGGCCAGCUGCAGUCUGUCACGGCCCCUUCUCCACCAGCAUCCGUAACGGUCGCCCCUUGCCCAGGCAGCUCUGAGCCCACCACAGGAGCUCCACGGUUUAAUGCGGGGUUGGGGAGGAGCUGCCAGCCCUGCCCAGCUCAUCUCCCCAGCCUGCCCCGGCUGUCCCGGGGGCCUCCCCUCCCCUUCCCCUGCCUCCCUACCCCCGUGAAAGUGAGCUUUCUGCAGCAGUUUGAGACCCUUCACGAGGUUUCUUUUCACCUCCUGGGCUGUAAGCAGGGAGCUCGCUGGAAACCUUCGCUCAGAGCUGCCCAGACUCUGUCAACAGUCUGGUAAAUAGUCAUAACUUACAAAUCCUAAGUGUCCAAAAAUGCCAGACUGCUAAUAGAGCCCCUGUUAAAAUCCAGUUUAAUGGGAUCCUUUAAAAUUUCUUAAGAGGUGAAUGCCUUCGUAAUGAACAUCUUAAUGUUAGAUUGGCCCUGCACUUGAGGUUUUUAUUUAUAUGCAAAUUGAAUCCUCCCACUGGAAAGCUAACUGGAGAUUAAAAUAGCUGGUAGGGGAUAGGAAUCUGCUUUAUGUAGAGUCAUUUAACUCAAGUUCUUGUUGAUUUCCUCAUUUUUCUUAUUUUAUGGCUAGAGCUGCUUUAAAGUAGUUUCCAAUCUCAACCACCAUGAGCUAUAGGCAAGAAUAAACCUUGUCUGGACCGUUAUAGGCCUGAAUUGGGGUCAACACUGAGGGGUUUUGGCAAGCCAGGGCUGAACUUGAAACUUCCUCUGGCCAUUUCUGGAGACUGCCGCGGGCGCAGGCUGCGGGGAAGUGGCCGCUGGAGAAGGAAGUUGCUCUGAGAUGAAAACAGGAGACUCUUCCAGCUCUGGAAGUUGCAGGUUCAAAGGCUGUUGAGUGCUCGAGCACCUGAUGCUGCUGCAUGGGACCGGCCGUGCCUGGAGUCACGCGUGCACGGGGCUCUGCGCCGGUGGGGAAAGCUGCACGAGCACAGUGCUGACAGCAGCAGAAAUCCCUGCGGGUGUCAGGGCCUGUCAGAGCUAUGGGGGGUCCUGAAGGAUUGGAAACAUCUGCUGGGCUGAACUGGAAAUGCAUCUCCGGGGAGGAGCUUUGAAGCUUCAUGGAAGACCUUUUCAACACAUCUUUCUCUUGGCUUUUGCUUAGAAAUUAUUUUUCUGCAAAGUUAUUCUGCAACACCUUUAGGAGCAGAGUAGAGAAGCAGGUCAGGGAAGCGAAAGCCUGGGACAAGAGGCAGGCUGGGAGAUACCUUCCGCAGAGAAGACCAGGGCUCAAAGGGCCCCAUCUCCCAACGCUGCCUCUGCAACCUCUGAGCAAAAUGUGCUCUUUGUGGGACCUCUGGAGCCAGAGCUGCAGCGAGCAGAAGCUCUGGGGUCGCUGCUGCCAGAACCCGCUGGCUGUGCCCUCGUUACCGCGGUGUGGGUGCCCGUGGGGCGCGCGUCCAAUGGAUGUGCCCCCCGGUGCUGGGCUCCGCUCUCCCCGAGCUGCGGCCGCCCCCCCCAGGGACCCAGCCUAGGGCAGACCCCGGCCCUUUCCGGACAGCGGCGCGUUUGGGUCUCUGCCUCCUCUCAGAGGCAGCUCGUACUUCUCAGCUCCUAUUUUUGUCUGUCUGUCUCCCUUUUCUAGGAGUUUUGUUUUUGCAGGCAGGGCAGGGGGAGCUGCUGUUACAGAACACCCUGUGCGAGCGUGGGGAGCCAUAAAAGGCUUAAGUAUGGGUCUGGUAAUGCAGUGUGUACACACGCAUGCACACCCCUGGCUGCCGGCACCGAGGGAAAGACCAGAUGGGGAAACACUCUUUCUUAAUUGUCCGAUAUCUCUGGGAGGGUGAAGAUUAGGGCCACUGGAUUUAUGCUGAUUUUUUUUCCUCCCCUCGCCUCCCUCCCACACAGCUCUCCCAGCCCCGGCUGCUCCCAUCGCCGCCAGCGCUGCGGGGUGUGGGGAGGGAUGGAGGGUGCGGGAGGGAGCCGGGGAGGAGCGGGAUGCUCUGCGGGCACCGAGGAUUUGGGUGUUAAAGUUGAAGAGCGCUUCUAGCAGAGCGCCACGCUCCACCGGGACUCGGCGCGGCUUCCCGGGAGCUGUGAGUACAUCCCUGCUUUCUGAGCCCUCCUGGCAGGAGGGAGGGAGUUUCUCGCUGGAGGUCAGUGGGUUACGGGGCGGGGGGAGGAUGCUUCGGGGGAGGACAGCUGUGUCCCAGUGUCACGGUAGGCUUUUAAUGAGCAACCAGAAACAAAGCUUUGAGUUUGUGUUUCCCCCCCCAAAAAAAGUGGGUUGAGGAGGAUGUUUUUUCUCUUAUUUCCCCCCACCUAGUAGUCCCCAAAUCCCAUCUUUUCAGCCACGCUCCCAGACCAGGCCCGGGCAGCUCAGGCAGCCGGCAGCGAUGGGGUGUGCGCCGAGCUGCCCCCAGCUGAGAUCUGGCCCAAGCUCUUUGCAUUCCCUCCAGAGGGAUGCAGCCUAAAUACAGAGUAACAAGAGCUUUAUAAACCUGACCAGUGAGACUGCAGGGCUUGAAAAAUAUCUUCUGUGUUUGACCCGUGCAAAAAAGAAGCCGUUUGUGCAGAGAGCAGAGGCAGCCUUCGGGGGCAAGGGGAGGAGGUGCAGGAUGCUGCUGGGAUUUGGACCGGGGGAAAGGGGGUACCCUCCAGUCUUGCAGGUGGGUUACCUUUUCUCUUGAUGAAAAUAUAACUCUCGAGACAAACUGUGACAUGAAUAAAUCUUACCUUGUUCUGCUGAUUCUUCAGCCUACCCAGGAAAAAAAGAUCGUCUGGGCUUUUUCCCUGUGCUAACGAAUGCCAAAAAAUGAAACCUCUUUUCUCCCUGUCCUGUAGCCUGCUAAAGCUCCUGGCAUCCUUCUGAUGCACGAGGGCUGCGCCGCUCGCUGUGGAAUAUUUCCUUCCGUGACCUCUCUGCCUUCCUCCUAUUAGCGACCUCAGGAAAUUGCAUUUGGCAUGAUGAGGCUAAAAAUGAUCUCAGGGGACUGGUAACAGGAGGAAAAGGUGAAGGCUGGGGAGGAGGUCAGAUCGGUCACAGCGUUCAAACUGCACCUACGUAUGUCUGCAAAGAGAGAUGCUGCUCAGGAACAGAAGGAAUGAAAUGAGCCGCAUAGUGCAGGCAGCCAAGACGGAGCUGAAAUGAAGCUGCUCGCUCCUGCCUGGCGCUGAGGAGCGGAGCUGUGAUUCCUUCUCGGUGUUUGUGUGCUAUUUCCAGCAUGUUGUUGCCCCUGUUCCUGCCUCUCCUGUGACGCCCGUCCCCAGAGCAGUGGGAAUCGUUGCAGCUCUGGCUAGGGAUGCUGGCUGCAUGUCAGGCUGUUCCCAGCUCGGCUUUGCAGCCCCGUUCUUGUGUUGGCUAGCACACAGCAGGACUGCCCCGUGCUUAUCUGGAGUGGCAUUUAGGCUUGGUCUCCGCAUGAGGCAGAUCUGGAACGGCAGGAUUAAUAGAGACGCAAUGAAAGCGUAGCCAGCCCCAUCCUGUGGGCAGGGACUGAUGCUGCCUCGUCCCACCAGUCACCAUGGAGCUAGCUAAUACCAAAGACUUCCAGUGGAAAACCCUCGCCCCGCUCCCGAGCCGCAGGGUCUACUCGACCCUGGUAGAAGCUGGCGGGCAGGUGUUUGCCAUCGGGGGCUGCGACGAUAACGGCAUCCCCAUGGACUGCUUCGAGGUCUACUCCCCCGAGGCUGACCAGUGGACCUUGCUGCCCCCCAUGCCCACGGCCCGGGCAGGGGUGGCCGUGGCCACCUUGGGCAAGCGGAUCAUGGUGAUAGGAGGGGUCGGGGUGAAUCAGAUGCCGCUGAAGAUAGUGGAGAUGUACAACAUAGACGAGGGCAAGUGGAAGAAGAGGAGCUCGCUGAGAGAGGCAGCCAUGGGCAUCUCGGUGACGGCAAAAGACUACAGAGUCUAUGCAGCUGGUGGGAUGGGAUCUGACCUGCGGCCGCACAACUACCUGCAGCACUACGACAUGCUCAAGGACAUCUGGGUGUCACUGGCGGCCAUGCCCACACCCAGGUACGCUGCCACAUCCUUCCUGCGAGGCACCAAGAUCUACGUGCUGGGUGGAAGGCAGUCCAAGUACGCUGUCAACGCCUUCGAAGUCUUUGACACAGAGACCAGGUCGUGGACCAAGUUUCCCAACAUCCCCAACAAAAGGGCCUUCUCCAGCUUUGUGCCCACAGAAGACAAACUCUUCAGUCUCGGGGGCCUGCGGCAGGGACGGCUCUACCGGCAGCCCAAGUUCAUGAGGACCGUGGACAUGUUUGACAUGGAACAAGGUGGCUGGAUGAAGAUGGAGCGCUCCUUCUACCUGAAGAAAAGGCGAGCAGACUUCGUGGCUGGCUACCUGAAAGGCAGAGUUGUCGUGGCUGGGGGACUAGGAAACCAACCGACUGUCCUGGAGUCCGCGGAGGCCUUCCACCCUGAGAAGAACAAGUGGGAGAGCCUGCCCCCCAUGCCCACCCCACGCUGUGCCUGCUCCAGCAUCGUGGUCCGGAACUGCCUGCUGGCCGUCGGCGGGGUGAGCCAGGGCCUGAGCAGUGCCGUGGAGGCCCUGUGCCUCUCCGAUUCCUAGCUGGCUCCUGCCCGGCGGAGGACCCUGCCCCUCGCUGCCUCCAGCAGCAGUGGUGGUGGUGCUGGGCGGCUCCCGGCAGCGCCAAGGCUGGGCGAGCACCACUCUGGCUGCCCUGGGAGCCUGGCAGGUCGGCUCUGCCUGCCGGCAGCUAAACCCAGCCUUGCUCUGGAGAUGUGGCCGGCAGGAGCCUGCACCCAGGGCUGCUGUUCCUCUCCCUCCCGGGCACUGGCCCCACGGAGGGAAGGAGUGCUUUGGCCAGGGGUCCCCUCCAGCUGUCUUCAGAGCUCUACAGGGAACCCCAGAUGAAGGAACUUCUCGCAGCACUGCUGUGCCGUGUCUCCUGCCAGCAGGAAGGACUCUGGAGAUCAGGACAUGGGCAAGCAUCUCCCUGCUGCCAUCCUGAGCACAGGUGAUGGGUUUGGAGGUGUUAGGAGUACCCAGACAGGUCAGUGGGAACUGAUGGUUUGUUGCCCUCUUCAAGCACCCUGGAAUCUAUGCGUGCUUCCCUGCACAGAUCCCCUUGGCUUGUAAUAAGGGAAACUCCUAACCUGCAGCCAGAUCCAGGGGAUCAUUCUUUUGUCUUCAUAGCAAGGCUUUUCCUGCGAACCUGUAGCAUUUGACUGUCACUUUGCCAGGUGCUGGAACGAGGGGCUGCCAAUGCUUCUGGGAGGGAUGAGUGAAUGCCCAAGGGACUGUUUUGGCUAGAGGGAAGACCUCAAUUUUGGCACAGGACUAGCACAGAUACUGCCUUUGCUGGGUUUUGUGCAGAGAUGGCCUCAACUUACAACGUUCCAACCUGGUUUUUAGCUCCUUUAAUGAUUUAUGAUCUUCCGUUCAGCCCUGGGAGAAAGGAGCAAAACCGAUUCCUGCCUCUGGUUCUGGAGCACUCUCACCCCCGGGGCCAGGCAGUGGCUUUGGCGAUGGCUGCGUUGGCAGCAAAGCCAGAAGACGCCAGCCAUCGCGGCCUUUUUGGUUUCGCUCUUCCCGGGCGGUUUGUGGGACGGCUCUCCGAACAGUUGGGUUCCAAUUCUAGCCUGUAGCAGUUGCACCAUUAAAAGCUGUCUUCAGAAAAGCCCUCGGAGAAGCCCGGUCUGUGCUACGGGCUGCGUCAGGGCUGUGAUCGUAUGAAAAGGUGGGACCCAGGCUGAAAAGGGGGAGAGGGGGGCAGGUCGGUG